GCGGGGGCCUAGCAAGCGCCCAGCGGAGCGACCCCUGCCUGGCCGUGGCUACCAUGGCCCCUACGCUGUUCCAGAAGCUCUUCAGCAAGAGGAGCGGGCUGGGCGCGCCCGGCCGCGACCCCCGGGACCCAGAUUGCGGGUUCAGGUAGGGCGCUGUAGGGCUGGGGUCGCGGAGCCGAUGGUCUUGUGGGCUACGAGCUCCAGGAGUGUUGGGGCCUUCGGUGUUGAGACUCGCGCGGAAGUGCCGCGCGGAAACCAGCACCUGGUCCACGGUGGGGUGGAGCCGGCUGCGGGCUCGCGGUGGAGGGUUGAAGCGAGGUCCUGUCUCUCCUCUUACCCCACCCCCCUCGCCGGUGCCCCUUCCCCCUCCUCCCGUCGGUUUGUUUACGACCUGUCCCCAGCCACGCGCGACUCUGCUCCUCCGGACCUAGCACCGCGGCCUGAGACUUUGGGUCCACACGCCUUCCUGGCACAGAGUGGAGUUGGGCGCGGGCUGGAUUGGACCUCAGCCGCCGUACUCCGGGGCCGCGAAGUUCUCCCCUCCUCCCCGUGACCAGUCGUCCUCCGGGUGCUGCGUUCCAGCUUGGUUGGCGUUGUGGAGAGAGCAGCACGUUUGGCCAAGCUACUGAGUUGAGAGAAGGUUGGAGGAGUGAGUAGGCAAGGUGCUGUUCUUUCAGGUUUUUUGGACGCUAAAAUUGGCGGUGUGCAGUAACUGAACCGAGCGACCUUAAUGUUAUCAAAAAAGAAAUGUGAAACCUAAGGGUUUAGGGCUACUACUGAAGCAAGACCAAAUUAAAUGAAAUCUGGUCUUGGAAUUGGCUGUAGAUUCUUCCUCCUCAGAGCUGUUACUGAAAAGGAGUCUUAAAAAUUGAAAAGGUUAGCAGAGUAUUUUGUGGUGUUGCAGGCUUUGUUAAUUUUUCAUUGUAGUACCUGUUGCUGACAGAAUAACUUUUUAGAAUUGUAAGAUUUGAUGUACACCUAGAUUCAAAGUAAAAUUUAGUUGUUAAACUGCGCCCGAGGAAGAGAUUAUGUCCAAACGGCCUUUAUACGUAUUGCAGUGUGGAAACUUGCAAAUAUAACUAGGCUAAAUGUCAAAUACCACACAAACUUGGUAGGAUAGGAGAGAGCCCAGUUGUACAGCAGUAGUAGAAACAAACAAAUAAACAAAAAGAGAAUCUGUCAAAUUUUGGAACGGGCAAAAUUGAAAUGAUUGUGCCACAGUAGUAAGAAAUUUUGAUAUUAUUAAAAUUAUUCACUCUCUCUUGCUGAUGCAGGUCUCAGCAGAAAACACUCAAUAAAUGCAUGUGGAAUUGAAGACAUUUUUCCACUAAUCUGUCUUUUCACCUGAAAAAUAAAUGUGCCAUGCUCAUCUGU